AUGCCGCCGAUCUCUCGAACGUGUGACCCACGCCCGCUCUGUGUAUCCCGUCGCUUGUCACCCUCGACGAUCGAACUCGAGGCAGACUUGGUGAAGGACGACCUCAAGACUCCGGUGGACGGGUUGGUGUCGAGGGUGGACUACCGCGGCGUUAACCCCGCCGUCUGGUUCCUUUAUCUCGAGAUGUACGGCAAGGACAGCGCUCAGGACCUGUGCAGGCGAGCUUGUUUGAGCCACUGCCCUGCCUCCUUACGAACGCAAACGAGCUUGAUGUACGGCACUUCAGCCUGCUUCGAACAACUCCGGGCGUGCUCCAUUUCCGUUUAGCAAAAAUGCGAGUUCUACGGUUCUGCACCGCGUCAUGAGCACGGAUACCCCCUCCUUGCCUAUGUUUUUCGUAACCCAGAGUAGUCUUGUUUGAUUUCGUUCCACACAGAGCGGGUGGUGUGAUGUCGCGUUUAAGGUGAAUGGGUGAGUGCCUCGCUUCAACCUGUUGCCAGGGGGAGUACGCAUCCCUCGUUUCCGUCUCCACUGGUGCUUCAUUUUCUGACCCUUGUUCGUUGUGGGCGUUGUUUCCCCACGGUGGUGUGCAGACGUUUUGCUCCGCCCGCAGUGAAAAACGGAAACAAAUGGCACUUGGUCAUAAUUUUGGGGACAGGGAGCCUGGUGGUUUUAUUAGGGUUGGGGAAUCGUCAGCUUGCUCGUCACGUUCUCGUGCUUGGUGACGUAGAACCAACGAUCCUGCUGCUGCACACCCUGCUCGUGGCAAUAGAUUUCCUGUGAAAAAGGUUAGGCAAUAUGGAGUAACCGGUACCAGUCACCCUCAGGAUCCAUUCCCUCAUGCCAGUCUGGGUAGCCGGUACCGGAACCAUAGCAAUUGCGCAACCACCACUGAAGGAUCAAGAUUCCGUCCAGGUAGUAGCCCCCCCGUUCCGUACAGUAGCCUUGGGGUGGAGGGAGAACAUGAAAAUGCAUGCACGUUCAACCACGCAGUAGAGACUUUUGUUCAAGUGGACAGCACACGAGCGUUGCCGGGAGGAACAACACGCGCCCAAUGGAUAGAUGUUACACCGCGAUGACGUAGAGGUAGACAGUAGCCAAGACGCGAUCGUUGUCUGAUGAGAUGACCGCGCAUACGGCAGUCACGCCGAUUUAUUGGGGUCUACAUCAUGCCGGGAAAAUGGCAGAUGCGCCUACCCUGAGAAAAAUGGUCUCUUGGUGGUGUCUCUCUUGGGGGUAGAUACGGCAGUGUUACCCACGCAAUGCACUUCACCCGCCCACCCUUUUGUACCUCUUCUUCUUGCACACGACGCUCGAGACAUGCACAACGCCAGGUACGUGAUCGAUCUGUAUGAGGCAGAGGUGCCCCUCAAGUACCGACGAGAGAUCUGCGAGGAGCCCAUGCGAAGAGCACAGGUCGAGGUGCAGAAGAUGCGGUGGAGGGUCGAGCCCGAAGAAGCACGUCCGCCUGACAAGCCUAAGCUCUGCUGCUGCAUCACCGAGAGGGUGAUCGACUGCGUGUUCAUGUCGCUCUUUACCUGCUGCUCCAAGUGGCGCCGACGCUGUCCGUGGUGGCUCUGCUGUUGCUGCAACGCCAUCUGCCCCGGCCGCACGAGCGCAGCCGGCGGGCGAUACAGUCGCGUCACGACCGGCGAAGAGGGAGAGGAAGAUCAAGACAGUGAUCUAGACGACGACGAUGAUGACGACGACGUCGAUUUUGGCGCGAGAGAAGAGGAAGAAGACUUGUACCGGCUCAGGAGAGGCAGAGGUGGGGCAGGGGCAUCGAAACGCAGCGGCUAAGCUUCCUAUUCGCCGGGACCCCGCGGUGUCGGAUCGGUCGAGAGUGCGAAGAUAAUGGGGGUCCGUGCGAGACCGGAACAACUUAUUCUACAGUUCCAAGAUGAUGUGGGACAUGUGCUGUGGUUGUGCUGGUAAAUGAAGUGAAGUGUGAAUGCUGAAGGGUUGUGGGGAUCGUUGAUGCUAUGCUAUGUAGUGAACCCAAGUUAUGGAUAGCCUGAGAAAUGAGGUUGUAUGUUCGAGAUUGUCCACUAAGGAUAUCGGCAGUAUAGGUGAUUGUCUUCAAGGACGAGAGCUUGUUGUAGGUGUUUCUUGUGGAGAACUUGGCCGUAUCAAUGCCGUAUUCGCUAGUUGCACGCAAGCCCGAUGUGAAAGCUAUGCACUUGUGCGAUGCUGCGAACAUGCGAAAUUUCGAAAUUUUCAGACCCAUGGAUGUGUGUCGUGGGCAUUGUGCUUCCACCCCGAAUAUGUUUGGGCGUUCCCGAGGGCCGGCGUAGAUUUUCCAAGUGUAUCCCACGUGCCAAUCUCACGACCGAGGUCAGUACUUGAGCACUGAACUGAAUGUAGCCGGAGUCGAGUUUGGAGUCCAACCUGACGCACCGAACCAAUCGGCUUGUACUUGUAGCGAGAAGAAUGUCUGGGCACCUUCAGCAAUGCAGGAAUCAUUGGUACCUGCUGUGGGAGUGUGCCUACCGCAGUAGUACUUGAAGGAGAUUUCCGACGGUGUUGAAAGCCGGUUGCUUUUUGCGUUGUGUCGUUCGUGUGCUUGGGAUUUCCGGAGCAUGGCAUUUCCCGGUGGCGGCGCGGUCGCUCCCUCAUCUCAAAAUCACUUCUUUCCUCGCUGAUACUAUUUCCUACGGGCCCUUGCCUCCAUCGUCGACUUUUGUAACCUCCAGACUCUCGCACGA